AUGAUCAGUUAUCCACCAUUAUCAAUACUUAAUUUACCAUCAACUAUUUUUUGCUCUUUGAAUCUUACAAAACUAUGUAUCUAUGUAGAUAGUUUAGAUGAUUGUCUUUAUUUACUUGAUGGUCAUCUUAAACAAUUAACUACAUUCAUUGUUCAAAUAAAUUAUAUCGGCAAUAAUUUAUCGAUUAUUCAUAAUACUGAUGAUCUAUUUAAUUUGAAAAGUUUUUCAUUAACAUGUUAUAAUAUAACCAAUGAAUAUGACAAUCGAGUGAUACCUUUAUUUCAUUGUAUGAAAAAUUUGGAAAAAUUGACUUUAUAUAUUCGUCUUGAAAAUCGAUCUACAUUUGUUGAUGAUACUCAUUUACAUAAGAAAAUUCUUAUGCAUAUGUCACAACUUCAUACAUUUACUUUUUCUAUUAGUACUAUGAUUGAAUUUAAUGAUUCAUUUCAUCUUUUAGUUGAUAAUGAUAUACAACAAACUUUUACAAAUAUAGGUUAUUAUCAAACAACUUCUACUGUAAACUAUUGUCGUGAAUCCAAAGCAAUAUGUCAUGUUUUCUCACUUCCAUUCACAUUUAAUCGUCUUGAAAUGAUCACUAAUAGAUUUCCUACUAUAAUAUUCCAUCAUGUUACUUACUUGCAGGUGUUUGAUAAAGUUCAAUUCAAACAUAAAUUCUUCAAUCGAAUUGCUAAAGCUUUUCCAUUGUUGAAAUAUUUUACUAUUUCCAGUAAAUUGUUGUCAUUAAUAGAUUUUAACAAAUACGAAUAUGAUUAUAUUCAAUCAUGUCCAAUUAUUCAAUUUUCUCAUCUUAUUUCACUUAAUAUGAUGGUUCAGAAUCCUUAUUAUAUUGAACAAUUUUUACUUAAUACAAAGACUCAUCUACCUCGUUUGAUCGAAUUAAAACUAUCUUAUUCUCAUCUGAAAAAUGUUACAAAAAACUUUAUAAGAGAUGCAACACGACACAACAGUGGUAAUAUAAAACGAUUAACCUUUUGUGACACAUGUGAUUUUCCAACAAAAUUUUCUCACUAUUUUCCUUUUUUGAAUACUGUAUCUUAUAUUACUAGUACUCGAUAA